AUGUCCAACCGCUUCAGCACCAUGCACCAAAAUGCAUCUUCCACAACAUCAUCCAGCCAGAGUGCUAAGAGCACAGCAAGCGCAGCAAGAACCACAGGGAACGGCAACGUCGUGAAGCGGCUACAAUCCGAGUUGAUGAGUCUCAUGACCUCGCCAACACCCGGCCUUUCCGCCUUCCCGUCCAGCACCGACAUCACAAAAUGGAACGCCACCAUCUCCGGCCCAUCUGACACGCCAUAUGCGAACCUCACCUUCAAGCUCACGCUGUCAUACCCGUCGAACUACCCAUAUGCGCCACCGGAAGUGCUCUUCAAGACGCCAGUGUACCACCCGAACGUGGACAUGAGCGGGCGGAUAUGUCUGGACAUUCUGAAGCCGGGCGGCCAAGGCAAGGAAGGUGCUUGGAGUGCCGUGCUGAAUACGAGCAGCGUGCUGUUGAGCAUCCAAAGUCUGCUUGGCGAGCCGAAUAAUGCUUCUCCCUUAAACGGUGAAGCAGCGCUUUUAUGGGACCGAGACCAGACCGAGUACAAGAAAAAGGUGCUCGCUCGGCACCAAGAGCCGGCGCAGAUGGAGGAGAACGGACUUUUGACUGGCUUCUAA